AUGUUGAUUCAGCGCGCCACAGAGACCGAGAGGCCUGACCUUGAUACUAGCAAGAUCAAAGAGUGGCGCUCCAUAGUGACUCUCAUUGUUUUUGUACUGACAAACAUCAACGUUCUGUUUCCAUUCCACAUACCCAUCUAUGUGCCGCGGAUAAUAUGGACCCCAUUCAUCAAGACCAUGAGCGCGUUGCGCAUCAUCGCACCACCACAACACCCAACGAGGGUCCGAAAUGGCAAAUCUGGGCCGUUCGUGCGGUUUGAUUUUCCCAUGAACUUCAUAACAACACCUCUGGUAGCCGAUCUCUUUCUACUAGCUAUCCUUGCUAUUGGCGCAAAAGAAGUGAGAGGCGGCACCCUUGGUGAUCAGGGCAUCGUUCCAUACGACAUCAUGUUAUUCUUCCUAUCCCUUGCUUACAUCGCCAUCUCUGUCGAUGCUUCCGGUCUCAUUAGAUGGCUAGCUUUCAAAGUUUUGCAGAAAGGAGGAAAAGUCGGUCAUCGGCUUUUCUUCUACCUGUAUGCCUUCUUCUUCCUUCUCACUGCGUUCAUCGGUAACGAUCCGGUCAUCUUGUCUGGCACUGCGUUUCUGUCGUACAUGACGCGUGUAUCAAGCAACAUCAAGCACCCAAGGGCGUGGAUCUUCACUCAAUUCUCGGUCGCCAACAUCGCAUCGGCGAUACUGGUAUCAUCCAAUCCGACCAACCUGGUCUUGGCCGGCGCGUUUGGGAUCACAUUCAUCAAGUACACAGCAAACAUUAUCGUACCAGUCCUUGUCACAGGAGUCGUACUGUAUCCUUUCUUGUUGUACAUCAUCUUCCACGACGAAUCUCUCAUCCCCGCCUCUAUCAAGAUGGAAGACCUUCCAGAUGAACUGAAGAACAAGAAACCGGUCAAUCCCAAUAUUCCCUUUGCCAAAGGUACACCGGAAGAGAACGAGAGCGAUCCCAGCAGCGACGAUGACGAACAAGAGAAGAAGCUGUCCCUCGAGGAAGUCCUAAAUCCCUUCUUGGAUAAGAAUGGCGCAAUCUUUGGAGCAGCGAUUAUGGCAGCUACCCUGAUUACUGUCUUGGCGAUCAAUGCUGCUUCUCAAGGCUCUCAUGAACGUCCGGUGUUCUGGGUCACUUUACCCGCUGCAUUCGUCAUGCUUAUCUUCGAUCUUACAAUGGGUUGGCUCAACCGGGCAGAGACACGUAAGAUCGCCCACGAGGGCCGACGCAGGGCAGAGGCCGCACUCGCUGAAAGAGCCGAGACUAGGAGGCAGUCUGUUAUACAGGAAGAGCUGGACGCGAUCGCCAAGCAAGCGGAUCACGAUACGGCCCAGAACCCCGAGGAAAAGUCGCAGCCAUUGGCUGAGGCGUCCAGUCACAUAUUGAGCGGCCGAACCCGAGAGAUGAUGGGCGCGGAACUUGUAUCACAAGAAGAGAAGAAGCUGGAGCCAUCCAAGAGGCCGAUGCCAACCACCCUCGCGUCACUCGUCGCAGAUUCGUAUAGAUGGGCACAGGAGACGUUUCCGACAACUAUGACCGUCUUCCAUCAUCUUCCUCUGGCUCUCGUUCCUUUUGCCUUUUGCAUGUUUGUGCUAGUUCAGGCUCUGGUCACCAAGGGAUGGGUUCCAGUUUUUGCACAUGCUUGGGACCACUGGGUUGAGAAGACCGGGACGGUCGGUGCGAUUGGCGGCAUGGGCUUCGUCUCAGUCAUACUGUGCAACUUUGCUGGAACUAACAUCGGUACCACGAUCCUCAUUUCCAGGGUGGUCCAAUCGUGGCAAGAAAUUCACCGUCAAAACGGCAUUCCAAUCUCCGAUCGAACGUUCUGGGGCACAAUUUACAGCAUGGCCAUCGGUGUCAAUUACGGUGCUUUCAGUCUUGCCUUCAGUGCAUCGCUGGCGGGCAUGCUCUGGCGCGAUAUCUUGGGCAGAAAGCACAUCCAUGUCGGCGGUCUGGAGUUUGCGCGCGUCAAUCUGCCCAUCAUUGCGAUCACCAUGCUUGUUGGUUUAGUUGUUCUCGUUGGCGAGAUCUACAUCAUGAGGACGGACGCUCCCUAUGAUAGCUGA